UCUGUUGAGUAUCCUGCUGUCAGAUUCUCAUCUUGCACAGGUUUAAGCCUGAGAUUCAACCAUGCCAUUUGCUAACCUUCCUGAUUGGCUGUAUGUUGUAGCCUCUGGGCUCCUUCUUCUCCUCCAGCAUGUGCAUGGCCAGGACUCGGCCAGCCCCAUCAGGAACACACACACAGGCCAGGUGAGAGGCAGCUUUGUCCACAUAAAGGACACUAAAGCUGGUGUCCACACCUUCCUGGGAAUUCCCUUUGCCAAGCCUCCUGUAGGACCACUGCGCUUUGCACCUCCUGAGGACCCUGAGCCAUGGAGUAGUGUAAGGGAUGGAACGUCAGAGCCAGCCAAGUGUCUGCAGACUGAUACAAAGAAUUUAGUGGUUAUGAAAGAGAUGAAGCUGACCAUGCUUCCCAUCCCUAUGUCUGAGGACUGUCUGUAUCUCAACAUCUACACACCAGCCAAUGCCCAUGAGGGCUCAAACCUGCCUGUGAUGGUGUGGAUCCAUGGUGGUGCACUGGUUAUAGGAUGGGCUUCUAUGUCUGAUGCAUCCACACUGGCAGCUACUGAGGAAAUAGUAAUUGUCUCCAUCCAAUAUCGCUUGGGUAUCCUUGGCUACUUCAGUACUGGAGACAAGCAUGCCAGAGGCAACUGGGGAUACCUGGACCAGGUGGCUGCCCUACGCUGGGUGCAGAAAAAUAUCGGUUACUUCGGAGGCAAUCGUGACAGGGUCACUAUUUUUGGUGGAUCAGCAGGAGGCACAAGUGUGUCUUCCCAUGUUGUGUCCCCAAUGUCCCAAGGACUCUUUCAUGGAGCCAUUAUGCAGAGUGGAGUGGCCCUGAUGCCUGGUCUCAUUUCUGACACUUCUGAGGGUGUCUACAAGACAGUAGCCAACCUAUCUGGAUGUGGGACCCCAGACUCAGAAGCCCUGAUACACUGCCUUCGAGCAAAGAGUGAACAAGAGAUCCUGGCUAUUAACCAGGUCUUCAAGAUGAUCCCUGGAGUGGUGGAUGGGAAGUUUUUCCCCAAGCAUCCUCAGGAGCUGUUGGCCUCUAAGGAAUUUCAUCCUGUCCCCAGCAUCAUUGGUAUGACCUCAGAUGAAUGUGGCUGGGGAGUCCCCAAGUUCAUGGGCCUUGACCAUAUCAUAGAGAAGAUUACCAGAGAGACCCUUCCAACUGAUCUGAAGAGCGCUGCAGCAAAGAUGAUGCUUCCUCCAGAAUGUAGUGACCUGUUAAUGGAAGAGUACAUGGGUAACAUUGAAGACCCAGAGAUCCUUCAAACACAGUUCAAAGAGAUGCUGGAGGACUUCAUGUUUGUGAUCCCUGCCCUCCAAGUGGCACAUUUCCAGCGUUCCCACGCUCCUGUGUACUUCUAUGAGUUCCAGCACAUGCCCAGCUUCAUGAAGCAUGUCAGGCCACCCCACGUGAAGGUGGACCAUGGGGAUGACCAUCUGUUUAUCUUUGGCUCCUAUGUGUGUGGCAUGAAUUUUGACCUCACUAAGGAGGAAGAGCUGUUAAAAAGGAGGAUGAUGAAGUACUGGACAAACUUUGCCAGAAAUGGGAACCCCAACAGCGAGGGUCUACCCUACUGGCCUGUGUUUGACCAAGAUGAGCAGUAUCUGCAGCUGAACACCCAGCCUGCUGUGGGCCGAGCCCUGAAGGCCAGAAAGCUGCAGUUCUGGACCAAGACUCUGCCCCAGAGGAUCCAGGAGCUUAAGAGUUCUCAGAACAAUCAUGAAGAGCUUUAGCGACCAUUGUCAGGAAAGGUGUGUGAGUUUGAAAACAGAUGGUGUAACUCUGAAGUUACAAAGUCCAUUGAUCAAUAAUCAGUUGUUCAACAAGAACAUAAGCAUUUCUCACCGUGCCAUUUUCACUUUUCAGACAUGUAUGGAAACCAUUUUGUGUGUUAUUCAUUAUCAUUCUGGAAAAACUUUCAUGAGCAUCAACAAAAGUUCUCAUAACAGUGUAGAUGUGUCAGCCCCAAAGUACUCCGAUCUUCUUUAACCCUUCACUGAACUAGGCUCCACUUUUCUUCCUUCCUUCCUUUCUCUCUUCCUUCCUUCCUUCCUUCCUUCCUUCCUUCCUUCCUUCCUUCCUUCCUUCCUUUAUAUGUCCUUCCUUCUUC